UGUUCAUCAACUGAUGUGUUGAUUGUGGUAUGUUGCAAUGUUAGUCUCCAAGAGUUUUGGCUCCAAGACUUCAACUUACUCAGCCUACUCUUCAACCCAGCGAAGAUAAACUAACGGAGCAGCCAAGUGAGCAGAUGAGUGAGCAGACAAGAAAGUUAGAAGAGGAGCAGGAAGAACUUAAGAGACAGUUUCAGAAGCAACAGGAAGAGUUUCAGCAUAAGAUUUCAGCUUUAGAGCAACAAAAACGAGCACUGAAGUUGUCAUCAGCUACUGGUCUGCCUCAGACUGAAAAGAGUGAUGCGUCACAGCCAGAACCAGCAGCCUCUCAUACUGAACACUUACCGGAGGCUUUACAGUUGGCACUAAAAAUUAGAAAUGCACAGAACAAAUUGAAAGACAUAAAGUUUAUGUACUCUUUUGGUAAAGAUAGUGCAGGUGGUGUAGCUGAUGAGCUUGUAUCUGCUGGACUUGUCAAUGCAGCCAAUUGCAAAGCAGUCACGGAUGCCAUCGAACAGCUUGUCACCAACAUGCCGAGUGACAAAAAAACCAUAUUUCAAUUGGUUGCAAAUCCAAACGGGGGAAAGUUUGAGACGACUGACAAGGUGUCGCUAGUUGGGUUUGCACAACUCACUGUGUUGUAGCACAGACCUCGUGUAGGUGCAUUGUAUGCUCGCUUUAUACGUGAUUGGUUGACAGUAAGAAUAUCACAUUUUGUAUUGUAAUUAUGACGUUGUGUAGCUGGUUGAUAUUAAACCACUCUUGAUACAAA